AAUUGGGCUACGGAUAACGACGGGUUAUUAUCAGCGACCCCAGCUGUCACCGCUGCUUGGAUUUGGAGUCUUUUAGCAUGUCGUGAGCCUCGUCUUCUUCUACAUUCCCAAUUCCUCUACCAACUUUCAAGAGGAUUCUGUUGUGAGCGUCUAUCACCGACGUCACAUUCCCUGGUGGCAAGCUCCAACAACCUGUGAGCAAUUAGCAGCCAGUUGCUCCCCGUAAGAUUAAUACUCCGACUGUCAACUUUAGAGAAUUAUUCUUUGGGGUCCUCCCAUUGGCAUUGCCAUCCUCACACAGCCAGCAUGCGCACAUCAUGCCUUAGGGCAGCUAGCUCUGCUAGGCUCACCCGCUCGACGUGUGUAGCACAGCUUUCGCGACCACAACUCGCUGGAAGCGCCCCGAGAGCAAUCACGUACCAGAGCCAGCAAUUCCUCCAAAAGCGAGCCUUCCAGCAGAAUGCCUCGACUGCACAACAAGCCGCUGCAGCUGUCGAAGCUGCAGACGGUGUGUUUGACACGCCACCUCAACAGACCGCGUCCGCGAAGCCCUUGGAAGCGCUCGAUACCUUCCCCCGCCGGCACAUUGGGCCUUCCGCAGACUCAGUCGAGGCUAUGCUCAAGGCAUUAGAUCCGCCUGUAAAUAGUCUGGACGAGUUCGUCAAGCAGGUCAUUCCCGCCGACAUCCUCUCCUCACGCAAACUCAAGAUUGGAAAGCUAUCGCAGAACCUCAAGGGAAUUUGGCAGAGCGAGGGCGUACCCGAGUCCGUCUUCCUCAGAAACGCGAGGAGAAUCAUGGGCCAAAACAAGCCGGGCACGAGCUUGAUCGGACAAGGAUACUAUAAUACAAAGGUGCCGGAAGUGAUCAAGAGGAAUGUGCUCGAGAACCCGGCUUGGUAUACCAGCUACACCCCAUACCAGCCGGAAAUCAGCCAGGGACGUCUGCAAUCGCUGCUGAACUUCCAGACCAUGGUGUCGGAUCUGACAGGCCUGAGCAUUGCGAAUGCGUCGUUGCUGGAUGAGCCGACUGCCGCGGCAGAGGCCAUGACCCUGUCCAUGGGUAUGAUGCCGCUGUCAAAGCAGAAGAGCAAGAACAAGACUUUCUUAGUCUCUGAGAGAUGUCACCCGCAAACCAUCCAGGUUCUCUACUCGCGCGCUGAGGGCUUUGGAAUCAACAUCGAGGUUGCCGAUGUGCUCAAGGACAACAGCAAGAGGGUUGAGGAGCUUGGUCAGGAUUUGGUCGGUGUACUGGCUCAGUACCCGGACACUGAGGGAGCAGUCAGCGACUUCCGAGGAUUGGCUGAAAAGGUGCACAAGACUGGGGCUCUGUUCAGUGUAGCCACUGACUUGCUCGCCCUGACGCUCCUUACUCCCCCUGGAGAAUUUGGUGCGGACAUUGCUUUUGGAAACGCGCAGCGCUUUGGUGUGCCUCUGGGUUUCGGUGGACCUCACGCAGCUUUCUUUGCCUGCGAUGAGAAGUACAAGCGCAAGAUUCCCGGUCGUUUGAUCGGUGUCUCGAAGGAUAGACUUGGCAAUCCGGCAGCUAGACUGGCACUGCAGACCCGAGAGCAGCAUAUUCGGCGCGAGAAGGCUACGAGCAAUGUCUGCACGGCACAAGCUUUAUUGGCCAACAUGAGCGCUAUGUACGCUGUAUACCACGGACCGAAUGGCCUCACUGCAAUCGCGAAACAGGUCGUUGCAAAGUCGCGUCUCAUCCAGCAAGUGCUCAUCGAAAAUGGAUUCAAGACUGGCCAACGCGGAAAACUGGACAAUGCGCCAGUUCUGUUUGAUACUUUUGUUGUAGAGACUGGUGAUAAGACUGAUGGAAUCAUUGCCAAGUUGGAAAGUCGCUCACUGUUCGUCCGAAGAUUGGAUGAUCAACAUAUUGGAAUCUCCGUCGAUGAGACUACGACCUCGCGGACCAUCAGUAACCUACUCCAGCCAUUCAGAGAGGUCAGCAAUGGCGACAGAACAGACUUUCCUAAAUCGAUUGAGAUUGAACCUCCUGCGCCAUUCAAGAGGACAAGCGAGUUCCUGACACAUCCAGUCUUCAACUCGCAUCACUCUGAGACGGAAAUCUUGCGAUAUAUCCACCAUCUACAGUCCAAGGACCUUUCGCUCGUUCACUCGAUGAUUCCUCUCGGUUCUUGUACGAUGAAGCUUAAUGCUACCUCAGAGAUGGCACCAGUCUCUUUCCACACUGUUGGCGACCUGCAUCCGUUCCUACCAUUAGAGCGCGCCAAGGGCUAUAUCGAGAUGAUCAAGCAACUGGAGGACGACCUGUCGAACAUCACUGGAUUCCACUCAGUCUCUUUGCAGCCCAACUCUGGCGCUCAGGGCGAGUUCGCGGGUCUUCGCGUCAUCAGAAAGUACCUCGAGCAGCAGCCCGGCAAGAAGCGCGAUAUCUGUUUGAUCCCCGUUUCCGCUCAUGGAACCAAUCCCGCCAGUGCAGCCAUGUGCGGGAUGCGCGUUGUUCCUAUCAAGUGCGACACGGCUACUGGUAACUUGGACAUGGCAGAUCUGGAGGCCAAGUGCAAGAAGCAUAGCGAGGAGCUUGGCGCUUUCAUGGUCACCUAUCCCAGCACCUUUGGCGUCUUCGAGCCGAAUGUCAAGGCAGCUUGCGACCUCAUCCACAAACACGGCGGCCAGGUCUACAUGGAUGGCGCGAACAUGAACGCUCAGAUCGGUCUCUGCUCGCCUGGCGAGAUCGGCGCCGACGUAUGCCAUCUCAACCUCCACAAGACCUUCUGUAUUCCCCACGGUGGCGGUGGACCCGGUGUAGGUCCCAUCGGUGUGAAGGAGCAUCUUGCACCUUUCCUCCCCGGGCAUCUUCGCGGCGAGACAGGCGGCGCGCAAGCCAUCCACCCCGUCAGUGGAGCACCUUGGGGCAGCGCGAGCAUUCUGCCUAUCAGUUGGGCGUACAUCAAGAUGAUGGGCUCCGUUGGUCUAACGCAAGCUACCAAGAUCACACUGUUGAACGCAAACUACAUUCUCUCGCGCCUCAAGCCCCACUACCCGAUCUUGUAUACAAACGACAAGGGUCGUUGCGCGCACGAGUUCAUCCUAGAUCUUCGCGGAUUCAAGCAGUCCGCUGGUGUCGAAGCCAUCGACGUCGCCAAGCGUCUUCAAGACUAUGGUUUCCACGCGCCUACAAUGUCCUGGCCAGUUGCCAACACCCUCAUGAUCGAACCCACCGAGUCUGAAUCUAAAGUCGAGCUUGAUCGCUUCUGUGACGCCUUGAUCAGCAUUAGGCAAGAGAUCAAAGAAAUAGAGGAUGGCACACAGCCCAAGGGAAAGAACGUGUUGAACCUGAGCCCGCAUAGCCAGCAGGAUCUUAUCGUUGGGGAGUGGGAUAGGGCCUAUUCGAGGGAGAAGGCGGCGUACCCGUUGGAAUAUCUCAAGGAGAAGAAGUUCUGGCCGGUGGUUACGCGGCUGGAUGACGCAUACGGCGAUAUGAACCUCUUCUGUACCUGUGCGCCCGUCGAGUCUGAGGAUUCUGAUAUCACGGGUGCCGCGGCGCCGAAUCCCACUUAGCCAGAGCCAUACCUCUUAUGACCACGGUGGACCUUUUUUCUUUCUAGACUUUUGCAUCUAUAAAAGGUGUGGGCUUUCUUCAACAAAGCACCCCCCGCAGCGUAGGUGUUCCGGCGCAAUAGUAUCUUUCAACAACUUUUGCCGGUAUUUACAUGGGGUCAUUUCGGGAAAGACCGCAUAUCUGGCGUAAUCUGUUUGAUUUGGUGGGAUGAGAUUUAGACACGUAGUAACCGCUCAUGGUAGUUAUGAAUGAUUCCAUUGCUGAAAUUCAAUGUUGUUCGCUGGAG